CGCCCCCACCUGGAACCCGCAGUGGAACCCGUAGCCUCACCUGCUUAUCCUGGGCGAGGGCCGAUCCCGGGCCUCUUCCCAGCAUGCUGUGCGUCAAGGCUGGCCUCAGCUCGUCCAGUUUUCAGAUUGCUACAUAUUAAGGAAGACUACAACUCCCAGAAUCCUUUGAGCAGCAGCGGUCGCCGCGGCGUGAACGGCACCCUGGCCCCACCCCCUGACCCCCGAAGUCUGCGCGCGAAUUCCGUGGCGCGAAUCUGGGACUGCCGGGUACUCGGAGCUGAGCGACUGAGGCGUCACGGAGCAGCGGCCCGCGGGGUGGCGCGAGGCAAGUGGAACCACCUAAUGCGAGUCUGAGGCUGGAGAGCGUGCAAAGCGUUCUGGGACCGUGGCUUACUCGGGGGAAUAAAGACCUGGAAGGAGUGAGCCCAGGAGCAUUUGUAUGCCAUCAUGCAACGAACUAUCAGGUCAUUUUUCCAACCUGCCAACGAGGGUAAAGUGAAGAAGCCUGACAAAGAGGCCACAACCAAGGGCAGCAGAGAGACAGAUCCCCCGCCUUCCAAGGCUGCGCUGAAGGAGCGGAAUGGAGUGGUGUCCCAGAGUGACUCUCCAGUGAAGAGGCCGGCGAAGAAGGCAGCCCGGGUUCUGAGCAGCGAAGGGGAGGAGGACGAUGAAGUGCUCGAUACCCCCAAAAGCCAGAAGCCUGUGCCUGCCUCCCCACAGUCCUCACCUUCCAGCUCUGGCACGAGUCCUGAGAACAGCCCUUUCGUCUCAGACUCCUCCCCCAUGGAUAUUUCCCCGUCGGGGUUCCCGAAGCGGCGCACGGCUCGGAAGCAGCUCCCGAAACGGACAAUCCAGGAUGUUCUGGAAGAGCAGAGUGAGGACAAGGACAGAGAAGCCAAGAAGAGGAAGGAGGGGGACGAAGCAGAGACCUCGAGAGAGAGCCCCACAGAGAUGGAUGUGGUAAACCUGAAAGGAAAAGAGGAGGACCAGCCCAUGACACCCCCGAAGUCUCCCAAAGCCGGAGCUCCGACAAAGACAGAAAGCAGCCCAGCACCCAGGGCAGUGGGCAAGCGGAAGCGGCUGGAGGAGAAGCAGCCAGAAGAGGAGAAGCAGCAGCAGGAGGAGCUGAGCAAGCCCCUGCCCAAAGCCCCCCGCACGCUCAGCAGCUUCUUCACCCCCCGGAAGCCUGUGGUCAAGGAGGAGGUGAAAGGAGAGGAGUCAUGUGCUCCAAGGAAGGAGGCCAAGGGACCCCUGGACCCGACGAGCUACAAUCCCGGCAAGAAUAACUAUCACCCCAUUGAGGAUGCCUGCUGGAAACCAGGCCAGAAGGUCCCUUUUCUGGCUGUGGCGCGGACAUUUGAGAAGAUCGAGGAGGUGUCUGCUCGGCUCCGCAUGGUGGAGACACUGAGCAACUUCCUGCGCUCUGUGGUGGCCCUGUCACCUCCAGACCUGCUUCCCAUCCUCUACCUCAGCCUCAACCGCCUGGGGCCUCCGCAGCAGGGCCUGGAGCUGGGCGUUGGCGAUGGUGUCCUCCUCAAGGCCGUGGCUCAGGCCACAGGCCGCCAGCUGGAGUCGGUGCGUGCUGAGGCGGCCGAGAAAGGCGACGUGGGGUUGGUGGCCGAGAGCAGCCGCAGCACGCAGCGGCUCAUGCUGCCGCCGCCCCCACUCUCCGCUACCGGUGUCUUCAACAAGUUCCGCGACAUCGCUGGCCUCACGGGCAGCACUUCCACCACCAAGAAAAUGGACAUCAUCAAAGGCCUCUUUGUUGCCUGCCGCCACUCGGAAGCCCGGUACAUUGCCAGGUCCCUGAGUGGACGGCUGCGCCUCGGGCUGGCUGAGCAGUCUGUGCUGGCUGCCCUUGCCCAGGCCGUGAGCCUCACACCCCCAGGCCAAGAAUUCCCCCCAGCCGUUGUGGAUGCCGGGAAGGGCAAGACGGCGGAAGCCCGGAAGACGUGGCUGGAGGAGCAGGGCCUGGUCCUGAAGCAGACAUUCUGCGAGGUGCCUGACCUGGACCGCAUUGUGCCCGUGCUGCUGGAGCAUGGCCUGGAGCGGCUCCCGGAGCACUGCAAGCUGAGUCCAGGGGUCCCGCUGAAACCCAUGCUGGCACACCCCACUCGGGGUGUCGCUGAGGUCCUGAAACGCUUCGACGAGGCUGCCUUCACCUGCGAGUACAAAUAUGACGGGCAGAGAGCUCAGAUCCACUUUGAGGAAGGCGGGGAGGUGAAGAUCUUCAGCAGGAACCAGGAGGACAACACAGGGAGGUACCCCGACAUCAUCAGCCGCAUCCCCAAGAUUAAGCUCCCCUCGGUCACGUCUUUCAUCCUGGACACUGAGGCGGUGGCGUGGGACCGGGAGAAGAAGCAGAUCCAGCCAUUCCAGGUGCUCACUACCCGCAAGCGCAAGGAGGUGGACGCAUCGGAGAUUCAGGUGCAGGUGUGCCUAUAUGCCUUCGACCUCCUCUACCUCAACGGCGAGCCCCUGGUCCGGGAGCCGCUAUCCCGGCGCCGGCAGCUGCUCCGAGACAACUUCGUGGAGGCCGAGGGCGAGUUCGUCUUCGCCACCUCCCUGGACACCAAGGACACAGAGCAGAUCGCUGAGUUCUUGGAGCAGUCAGUGAAAGACUCCUGCGAGGGGCUCAUGGUGAAGACCCUGGAUGUGGAUGCCACCUAUGAGAUUGCCAAGCGCUCACACAACUGGCUCAAGUUGAAGAAGGACUACCUCGAUGGUGUGGGGGACACCCUGGACCUUGUGGUGAUCGGCGCCUACCUGGGCCGGGGGAAGCGGGCCGGCCGCUACGGGGGCUUCCUGCUGGCCGCCUAUGACGAGGACAGCGAGGAGCUGCAGGCCAUCUGCAAGCUUGGGACCGGCUUCAGUGACGAAGAGCUGGACACACACUACCAGAGCCUCAAGGAGCUGGUGCUGCCCAUGCCACGCCCCUACGUGCGCGCAGAUGGCGCCGUGGCCCCUGACCACUGGCUGGACCCGAGCGCCGUGUGGGAGGUGAAGUGUGCGGACCUCUCCCUCUCCCCCAUCUACCCCGCCGCCCGCGGCCUGGUGGACAGCGAGAAGGGGAUCUCCCUGCGCUUCCCGCGCUUUGUCCGUGUCCGUAAAGACAAGGAGCCGGAGCAGGCCACCACCAGCGCCCAGGUGGCCUGCCUGUACCGGAAGCAGAGUCAGAUCCAGAACCAGCUGGGCGUCGACUCCGACUCUGAUCCGGAGGAUUUCUACUAAGCUUGGGCUUUGUGUUCCUGGGCCUGGUGGACGUUCCCUUGUGUCCUCAAUAAAUCACUUCUUGUAGAA